UUUAAACCCCUAAACCCUUAAUACUGUUAAACCCCGUCCCUUCAAAAAUCACAACCAAACCGGACAGCAUAGCAUAGCAGAGCAGAUAUCAGUUCCAAAUUCAAAUCCAAAAGCCAAACCAGCAUGCCAGAACCAGAAGAACAAGCGGAGGAGCUUUUGAAAGAUGGCUCCGACAUCUGCCAACAGCUCAUGGACCGUUACGCCAGGUCCUCCGCCCCGCAGCACCGCCACCUCCUCGCGACGGCCGCCGCCAUGCGUUCCAUCCUCGCCUCCGAGUCCCUCCCCCUCACCCCGCCCGCCUACUUCGCCGCUGCCAUCGACACCGCUGCUUCCAAUUCCGACACGCUUGACUCCACCGCGGCCGCCGCGCUGUUGUCAUUUCUGUCCGUCGUGCUUCCGCUGGUGCCGGCACAGGAAAUCAGCGCGGAGAAGGCGGGCGAAGCGGUGUCCGUGCUGGUCAAUUUGGUUGGGAAGGAGAGAGGGAGCGAUGGAGGCUUGGCCGUGGCCACUGUGAAGGCUGUGGUCAAGUGUUUAGGAAUUUUGUUAGGGUUUUGUGACUUGGAGAAUUGGGAUUCUCUUAAAUUAGGGUUCCAAACUCUCCUUGAUUUCUCAAUUGAUCGCCGUCCCAAGGUUAGGAGAUGUGCUCAAGAUUGUCUUGUGAAGGCUUUUAAGUCUUUUAAAAGCUCGGGUGUAAACAAGGCCGCGAGCAAGUUGGUGCUGUCUAUGCUCAAAAACAACAUGCCUUUGGCAGUUAAAUUAAGUAGUUUGAAGGCUGUAGAUGGGUCUAAAGAUGAUACAUUGUCGAAACCCGAACAUUUGGAGGUUCUUUAUAUGCUUAGUGUAGUGAAGAUUAGUGUUCCGAGUCUUUCUACAAAAGUUAGUUCAAAAGUAAUCUCAGAAAUAGUGAAGCUUCUGAAUUCCAAGUUCUCGGUGCUUACAAGACAUGUUCUUCAAGUUAUUGAAGCAUUUUUUGAAACAUCGAGAGUUGAAGUUACUGUUCCAGAGGCAGAGAAAAUUGUAGAUUUGCUUGUAUCAUAUGUGUCUUCGGGAGAUAAGAACCCUGUGGACACUGAUAUUUCUGCAGCAACAUUGUUAAAACGUGCUCUGGAUAUACUUCAUGAUAAAGAAUCAAGCUUGUGGAUUAGGAAUCUUCCUCUAGUUUGUGGCUGUUUAGCAGGUGUUCUAAGUUCAGAGGCUAGCAUUGCAUCAUUGGCUUCAAGUAUUUUGAAAGAGUUGCUCAGCCAUCUUGCGGAUUAUAAAACUCUCUUGACUGAUAAAGAUAAACCAUCUGAUGAUGAAGGUCAGGAGAGCAUGGAAGCAAGUAUAAUAAAAUCUGUUUGUCUUAUCUUUGAGAAUGCCCUUGCCACUUAUAGUGGAACUCCAGAUGAGCAUAUUUUGGAGGUCAUAACUGUUUUGUUUCUCAAUCUUGGAGGAAUCUCAUAUGUCUUUAUGAAGAGUAUAGUGCUUAAACUUGCGGACUUGAUGAUCCUUGCCAAUGGGGGCACAUCCAACACUGACCAUCUUCGGAAAUGUAUUGGGUCUGCUGUAAUUGCUAUGGGACCAGAGCAGAUACUUACACUUUUACCUAUCUCCCUACAUGCGGAUUUGACUUGUUUGAACAUUUGGUUGAUACCUAUUUUAAAAGAUUAUGUUGUUGAAGCAUCACUAGGGUACUAUAUUGAGAAUGUUGUGCCCCUUGCUAAAUCAUUUGAGCGGGCUAGUCGUAAAGUUAAAAAGUUAGCAACCAGUCAAGAUCUUCAGGCUCAUGCCCAUGACCUGUGGGGAUUGCUACCUAGUUUUUGUUGUCAUCCCACUGAUACUUACCAGAAUGUUGGAGCUUUGGCUGAAAUAUUAAUUACUUUUCUAAAGGAGGACUCCUUUAUGCAUAAAAAUAUUGCUAUUGCCUUACAGCUUCUUGUCUAUCAGAACAAGAAUGUUCUUAGCCCUAAAACAGAAUCUGCAGAACCCAAUUCCUCUGCAGAAAAAGAUUGUGUGUUACAGUUCAGAAAUAUACCCACUUACUCAAAGAAGAUUGCAACCAAAAACAUCAAGGCCUUGGCAUCAUGUUCCACAGAGUUGCUCCAGGCUCUAACAAACUUAUUUGUUGAUUCACUUCCUGAGAAGCGCUCGUAUCUAAAGGAUGCCAUUGGAUGCCUGGCUUCUAUUACUGAUUCUUCUAUAACUAAAAUGAUUCUCAUGUCAUUAUUCGAGAGGUUUCAGUUCGUAGAUGGUGAGGGUGAAUUUGAAAAGUUGGGUAGUGAUAACCAAGCAAUGAUUGAUAAAGAACAAGGCAAUCUAAGUAUUACAGAGAAAGAGAUUCAGAGGUGUGUGAUAAUGGAGCUAGCAUCUUCUUUUGUUGAAGGAGCCAAGGAGGAUCUUAUUGAUCUAAUCUAUAAAUUUAUUACACACACUUUUGAGGUAACUAAUAAGUCUGGUCAUUGUGAAGCAUACCACACCUUGAGCAGAAUUCUGGAGGAACAUGCCUGGUUUUCUUCUUCCCGAUUUGUUGAGCUGAUUGAUUUGUUACUUGGUCUUAAGUCUCCUGUUGAUAUUGCCUCUCUUAGGAGUCGCUUUGCUAGUCUCCAUAUAUUAAUGAUUCAUGCAUUGAAGAUGAGGUUGGAGGAGGAGAACACAAAGGCUUUUCUUAUUCUCAAUGAGAUUAUACUCACAUUAAAGGAGGGAAACGAAGAAUUCAGGAAAGCUGCUUAUGAUAUCCUCCUUAAGAUAAGUGCCAGCUUGAAAGACUCAUCACCUAUUUCUGAUGCACCUUAUCACAAACUGAUUGGCAUGAUAAUGGGCUAUCUUUCUGGUUCAUCUCCUCAUAUAAAGAGUGGGGCUGUGUCUGCCCUGUCAGUAUUGGUUUAUCAGGAUGCAGAUAUCUGUCUUUCAAUGCCUGAUAUUGUCCCCUCACUUUUAUCUUUGCUGCAUACCAAAGUGGUGGAAGUUAUAAAAGCUGUUUUGGGCUUCGUGAAAGUACUAGUGUCAUGCUUACAAGCCAAAGACCUACACAGGCUUCUGUCUGAUGUUGUCUAUGAAGUUUUACCAUGGUCAUCUGUCUCCAGACAUCAUUUUAGAUCAAAGGUCAUUGUCAUAAUGGAGAUAAUAAUACGGAAGUGUGGUUCUGCAGUGGUUGAGUCAGUUACUCCAGAGAAAUAUAAGAGUUUUCUGAAGACCGUUUUUGAGAACCGCCAUGGCAAAACGAGUUCCAAAGAAUCUGAUGCUGGUGAUCCAGAAAUGAUGCUUGCAGAUUCAUCUAUGAAGGCUUCUGGAUCCAUGCUGGAGAAGAGGAAACACAAAGCAAUGAGUUAUAUACCUGAGGAGAAUGGUUCAGUAGAACAAAGGAAAAGAAAGAGAGAGAAGAAAAACAAUGAACAUCACCCGUCGUCUGGUAGUGGUGGUGGUGGUUUAAGAGCAGUUCAAAGUGCUAGGCUAUCUCAUAAUGCAAAAUCAAUGAAGGGUCAGUCAGAAGGAAGACAAAAGAAGAGCAAGAGGAAUCACGACCAAAUUAUGAAAAAUCAUGAAAAGGGAAAGGAGCCAACUAACACAAGCAAGAAAGAUGAAGCAACUCAUAUACCUAAUGCUCCCAAAUUAAGCAGACACAAGGUUGGGAGGAAAAGACAGAAGAUUAAUAAAUGAGUAACGAUGUGCACUAAGUCUGAAUAGAAAUUGCUUCCCUGAAGUACGAGAAGAAUUUGGCACUCUCCUUGUACUGCCCUACUGAAGAUGUUCAUAUAGGAUGAGAGCAAGCUCCUCACAUUUUCAUUGGGGAGUCAUUUCCUCAGGAAUUGCAGAGAUCAAGGAAUUCUAUGAGCUGUGUUGGUCUAGUUUAGAGAGUGAGAAUUCUGGAAUCUCUCUAAAGAUGGGAUUCUGGCAUUAUUCACUUGGAGUGCUGAGCAGUGCAAAAAGUCACCAGCUUUGGUCCUGCUUAAUACUUACUAGUGGGUGUUGCCAUGGUUGGCUACAAGUCUGAAACCGCUGAACUGUUCAGCCAUGUGACUAGAGGGCAUUUGUAUACAUAUUUUGUUUAUUAGUCUUAAAAAGCGUUUUUAUUUUUUAUUUUUUUUUGGCUACAAUGUACUCCAAAUCAUUCUUACUAUUUUGUCUUUAGCAGGUAGGGUUGGAAAUCUAUUUAUUUAUUUAUUUUUAUUAAGGUUUUAAA